AUGGCUCUGUCUAACUUAAAACCUCCCACACUGCGGAGGGUAUUGGGAUCGCCAUUUAAGUCCCCUGCCAAUGUUCAUAAUAACAAGUCGAGUAACUUGUUUUCGAAUUCAAACCCAGAGUCCCAUGCCAGUCCCACGCCAAAGCGAAAUGAGGAAAGAGACACAAUAUUUGGCCCAAACGACUCAACCGAAGAAGAGAACAGCUCAAAUGAUCAUAAUAAUACUGAUAAUGUAACCGAUGAUGUUGUGUGUCCCAUUUGUAAUGAGCAAAUGAUCAGUCUAUAUCAGUUGAACCAGCAUAUUGACGAUGAACAUAAUACAUCAGAGGUUACGUCAGGAACAGAUGAAAUAAACGAGGAUACAACUGCGUCUGUUAUUCCCAAAGUUUUGAGUAAUGAAUUUAUAAAUAAUGACUUAACGAAAUGGUUUAGAAAGAAACCGUCCCAGGAGAUAGUUACACCUGUUAAACAUAAGACUAUCAAGCUCGAUUUGAUAGACAACAGUAAAGAAUUUAGCCUCAGCGAUAAUACAACGACUAACGAAGGCAGUUUACAGGAUGUUCUUUCGAAUGCAAGCUCACCAUCGGUAGAUAAACUGACAGCUCGAAUAACUAGAGUACACUGGAAAAAACCACUGGCAUCUCAAAACGUCUGUGCAAAUCCCACUUGCAACAAAUCAUUGAAUGUCAAGAAUGGCAUUGUUAAUUGUAGAAAAUGUGGAGACUUGUUCUGUAACCAUCAUACUUACAAUAAGGUAAGGUUAAGAAAUUCUGAGGACGACAAGGAACCUCUAUAUGAUACUACAAAAGCAGGACAAUGGUGCAGAUGCUGCGAGAAAUGUUAUCUUGCAAAACCAGAUUUGGUUCAAGGUACACAGUCUAACGUACAUGAUUUAACAAAUAUUUUUCUUCAGAAAAGGCAAUUGCAUGUUGAUACCAAAGAAUUGAUUAGAAAUAAAAUUCAAAAAAGGUUUAUCAAGAUGGUUAAUCUUCAUGCAGAUAAAUAUAUAUCUACAAAGGAUAAGACAAUAUUAAAUAUACGAUGGUUGUCGUUGAAUAAUUCUAAGGAUUCCAUUUUGGAAAAUGAAAAGGAGAUUGUUGGUUAUGACAGCUGGCAAAUUGAUGCAACAAUAACUCAUUGUAACAUUUGCUUAACCAAAUUUAACAUAUUAAUAAGAAAGCAUCACUGUAGGCUAUGUGGAAAAAUAGUUUGUGAUGAUACAUUUGGAGAAAGAUCAAAUUGCCUGAUUGUUGUUCCAUUAAGUAAGUUAUUGGAUAAACUAGUAGCUCUAAAUUAUUCGCCUCUAGUAAAGCUGAACCUUGAAGAGUUGUUGAACACGGAAGAUAAUCAAUUUUCUGUAAGGUGCUGUAUUAAUUGCAAAAACGAUUUGUUGCAUGAAUGGAAGUUGAAAAAUCAAUAUAAUUCUAAAGAGGAGGGCAUAUUCUUAGUUUACACCGAGAUCUUAAUGACCAAGAGAAAGAUUCAAGUUAUGAUACCUAGGUAUAAAGCAUUAGUAACUGAACCGGAUAAUCAAUCCACGAACAAGCUAAGGAUAAAAUUAAUGACGUUCAUGAAGGACUUUGAGUCGCUAACUGUUCUGUUCAAAAGCAAUUUUUUUGAUAAAGUUAAUGACAGACUUGUCGUAAAAGAAUUAUACUUACCUUAUGCAAGGCUAAUUAACAACAUUUAUCAAGGUUGUACCAUAUUUUUACAGGAUACCUUAGUUAAUGUUAAAGUUCUCAACAAGGAGUAUAAACAGAAGGAAAAUAAAUUGCUAGAACUGAUGAAGCCAAAUGAGCUGGCUGUAACAACACCAAAAUUGACAAAGAAGGAAAUCAGGGAAUUAAGAGAAAGCUUGAUGGUGAUGAAUGAGCAAAAAUUCUUGGUGGAAAACCUUAUUAACCAAGUCACAAAGCAGAGAAAAUUCGACGAAUUGACCCCAUUGAUGGAAAAUAAGAAUGAGCUCAAUGCAGCGAUCAACGACUUGGAGUUGAAACUUGGCAAUGACGGGUUUUAG